AUGAAGAAGUUCCUCUCGUUGCUUCUCCUCUGUCAUGUGGCAUCUCCAGUUAAACACUCCUUGACGUUUGUUACAACUGGAUCUUCUGGAUUCCAAAAUGUUCCAGAGUUUGUAGCUGUUGCAUUGGUUGAUGAACUUGUGAUGGGUUACUGCGACAGCUAUAAAAAGAUAGGUGAACCCAAACAGGACUGGAUGAGAAAGUUAUUAGAAAGUGAACCUCAGCAGUUGGAGUGGUACAGUCGAGAAUGUACUGAUAUUGUGCCGAACCUUUUCAAAGCCUCGAUUUACCAAUGGAAGCAGCGCUUCAACCAAAGUGGAGGUUUCCAUAUUUUCCAGAGGAUAAGUGGCUGUGAGUGGGAUGAUGAGACCGGAGAAGUUAAUGGUUAUGAUCAGCUUGGUUAUAACGGAGAAGACUUUUUAUCAUUGGACCUGAAGACACUGACAUGGAUCGCUCCACAACCACAGGCUGUCAUCACCAAACAGAGAUGGGACGCUGAUAUAGCGAGAUUUAAAGACAAUGGGCCUCAUUCUGAGUAUAUCCUCACUCAGGUAUUCCCUGAAUGGCUGAAGAUGUAUCUGGACUAUGGCAAGAGCUCUCUGCUGAGAAAAGACCUUCCCUCAGUGUCUCUCCUCCAGAAGACUCCCUCCUCUCCAGUCAGCUGCCACGCUACAGGUUUCUACCCUGAGGCAGCCAUGAUGUUCUGGAGGAAAGAUGGAGAGGAGCUUCAUGAGGACGUGGAGCUCGGAGAGAUCCUCCCCAACCACGAUGGAUCCUUCCAGAUGAGUGUUGACCUGGACCUCUCAUCAGUCAAACCUGAAGACUGGACCAGGUACGAGUGUGUGUUUCAUCUCUCUGGUGUGAAGGACGACAUCGUCACCAGACUGGACAAAGCAGUGAUCAGGACCAACAGAGUUUCUCCCUCAGAGUUUCCUGCUGCUGCUGUUAUUGGAGUUUGUGUGGGAUUGAUGCUGCUUCUUGCACUCUGCAUCACUGGACUCUUCUUCUGGAGGAAACACAAGAAUGCCAAAAGCCCUCCAUCUGCUCCUGACAGCAGCUCUGAACUCUCUGAGAAGCUGAAUCCAAGUGUGUUUGACCAACACGUGAAACAGUGAAACUUUGACAUGUGUCACAUUAUAAAUCUUUAUAACCCUAACCCUAACCCAAAAGAGACUGAAAAGUGGUUUUCUGCAACAAAAAUCAAGUAGUUAUAGUAUAUCACUAUAUUAUAGUAGCCUGGGUAUACCCAUAAUGCCUUGCGCGCUCGAUUUGA